GGGCGUUUCUUCUGUAUAGAAAAGAGGGGAGGGUACAACAAGGGUACAUACUAAACAUGGAACGGAGAGCAUGUUGAAUUUCCGUGUAGCUAUUUUUUUUUCCAGAGGAAACGCAUCGCAAGGGUUGUCCUCUGCUGUGAUAAGGACGGGCUGUGAUCCUGCACUGCGUGAACUUGACAAAAAAAGAACAACAGACGGGGACUGGUGUUAUCUGGAUCUUUUGUACUGAGGAAGACGUCUCUACUGUGACAAGCUUUGGAUUUUUGAGCUUCUCCGUUUGUGACUGCAAUCAAAGCAUCCAGCUAGAGUGCAACCACAUACACCACAACCAAGCAGCAGACUAGCCUCAUCAGUGUUUAAUAGCAUCUUCAUAGCUACUGAUGAUUUAUUCUAACUGAAGAUUGGGCCUUGAAGCCAUUACCACUGUGUAUCAGGUUUACAUCAGCACAGUGCUUUAGAUUAUAAAAGCUCAAUAGGCUGCUGUUGCGUCUUUAAUAAUUGACACAUCUUUACUUUUAUUGUGGUUCCAAAGAGAAUCAAAUUGAUAGCAGCUGUCAGUCCUACUGUUCUCCGUUAACUCCACAAGCUCAAUAUGGCAGAGCAGCCCAUUUAUGCUACAGGCAUGGCCUACAAACUGAGGAGCCAGUGGGAUCGUGAUGAGGGCCUGGGGCAGAACCACAAUGCGGUGAAGUUCUUGGGUCAGGACUAUGAUUCUCUGAAAGCCCAGUGCCUUCAAAGCGGGAGAUUGUUUGAGGACAGCCUGUUUCCUGCUGUAGCGUCAUCUUUGGGAUUCAACGAACUCGGCCCCAGAUCGACAAAGACCAGCGGCAUGCGCUGGAUGAGGCCCACGGAGCUCUGCAAACGGCCCGAGUUCAUCGUAGAUGGAGCUACUCGCACUGACAUCUGUCAGGGUGCUUUGGGGGACUGCUGGUUGUUGGCAGCCAUCGCAUCGCUGACCCUAAAUGACCAUCUCCUCCACAGAGUGGUUCCUCACGGACAGGGUUUCCAGCAGGGAUAUGCUGGCAUCUUUCACUUCCAGGUAAUGACUACUGAUAGAUUCAUAUCCUUUCCUUUUGUUUUUUCCAAACAUAUCAAAGGAUAG